UCGUCUGUUCUCAUACGGCGGCCAGUAGAGAGGAGUUUGCUGGCUUCUUUCGAGCUAAAUGCGUUUGCUGAAAAAUGAAAAUUUCUAAAGCCUUCAAAAGGAACGCCGCCUAACUCUGCACCUCCCCGCCUCCAGAAACCCGCGGCCCUGGCGGACUGACGGUUCCUAGCCUCGGAAGAAUCGCGUCCGAGUUCCUACUGAGCCGGAUCUGGGAUGAUUAAAUGUUUCUCCUUAAGGAAGUGGCCGUUCGCGUUUGAAGAGGACAGUGCGGCGGAUCAGUACCCAGGACAGCGGUUGGCGGCAGCCUGCCACUGGCCCUUGCGGCGGAGUCAAAGUUAAAGGUCACGGCAGUUCGUGUGUUAAUAUCGGAACAGAACCAUUUGACUGGUUGCUGGUGAGCGGCGCAUUUCCGCGAUCUCUCUCUCUCUCUUUCUCUCUCCCUCUCUCUGUCUCCCUCUCUCUCCCCCCUCUCUCUCCCCUCUCCCUCUGUCUCUCUUUUUCUCUCUCUCCCUCUCUCUUUCUCUCCCUCCUCUCACACUCACUCACUCACUCUCACAACUCAUCAACAAGAUGAGCUGUCACCAGCUGCGGUCGGACACUAGCUCAGAGAACUGAAGCCAAUGCUUUCAUAAGACACCUUCAUGUCCACGCACAUCCACGGAUAUAUACGGAUGCCAUGGUCAGUUCUGUUACGAUAUUACAGGUGAACAAAGUAAUGUCUGUCCUGUUGUACGGCAUGCUUCUCACUUGUCUCGGUGGCAUCCAGGCUACUGCCAUGGACAAGGAAAGUUCUUCCGAGGACUCGGUGAGCUCUCUCAUCAUCAAGAUCCUCCAGGCGGACAUCCUGAAAGGCAGACUCUCCAAGGAGAGCGAGGGGGUGGAGGAGAAGGACCAGGACUCCCGGGCAAAGAGUGACGCUCAGAGGAACGCGGGCUCCUUGGGAAAUACAAUCUCUGACUUCCAGGCGCUGGGCUCGGUCAGCGCUGAACUGCUAAAGCAGAAGAAACGCUACCAUUCGCCCCGAGUGCUGCUCAGCGACCGCCCGCCCUUACAGCCCCCGCCGCUCUAUUUAAUCGAGGAUUUCACGGGCGCCGCGGAGCUGGCCAACCGAACAGCCAGGAGCAAACGGUACUUGGAUCACCGGGUUCACCGCGGCGAGUACUCGGUGUGUGACAGCGAGAGCCGCUGGGUGACGGACAAGACGGCGGCAAUCGACAUUCGGGGCAGGCAAGUGACCGUGCUGGAGGAGAUUAAAACCGGCAACUCUGCCAUAAAACAAUAUUUUUACGAGACGCGCUGCAAAGAAGCCAAACCGGGCAAGAACGGCUGCAGGGGCAUCGACGAGAAGCACUGGAAUUCCCAAUGCAAAACCAGUCAGACGUAUGUCAGGGCACUGAGCAAAGAGAACAAUAAGUAUGUGGCGUGGAGGUGGAUCAGAAUAGACACCUCUUGCCUCUGUGCAUUGUCCAGAAAACUGGGCAGAUCGUGAGUCCUCCACUCCCUCUCUCACCCUUCCCUCUUACUGUGUAAAUAUAUAAAUUAUUACUUUAAAUUAUAUGACUCUGCAUGCAGCAUAUGAAUGUUUAUAUUAUAGUAUAGUUCAUAGUUCUUAUUUAUUAAAUAAAACAUCCGAUGCAGAAAGCUUCUUCCAACUGGCCAAAUCAAUAUUUCUAAGUUGUGCCUUGCUUUGGUAUCUGGCCCGAGCCUUGGCCCGCCCUUGUCACUCCCUCCCAACCCAUUUUUUAAACAAAAAAAUCUUUACUUAAGUCCGUAUCAGUGAUUUGGAAAGGCCGGCGAUAGGAGGUAACUCCCAGUCACGAGCCGGCACCGUUCAUUCGUGAAAGUGCAGAUAAAAACGCGAGGCAUCUUGAGAGCGGCGUUUGCAGCGAAACUGGGAGGAGGAAGCUGAGAUCAGAGAGAUUGCUGGCGUGGCCAUCUGUGUACAUCAAGCUGUUCCAUAUGCUUCACCCAGUCCCGGAGAGUUAUGCUGUCGGAACAGCGUAUCAUCGUUGCAAAACUGGCAAAAAGACUGCUGUGAUCCCCUAUCCCUCCCCCAACCAAUUACUCUGCACACAAUCUAAUGUCGACAUUUUACUUCACCGAUGUACCAUUUGCUGUUUUAAACCGAUUGGACUCCCCUUGCUACAAAUUCUCUUCCGUGUUAAGUCCCU